CCCGCUGCAGGGGAGGCGGCGAGGCGGUCAGGACCCCUCUUCUGCUCGGCGGCUGCGGCGGCAUCAUGUACGGCUUCGUCAAUCACGCCCUGGAGCUGCUCGUCAUCCGGAACUACGGGCCCGCGGUCUGGGAGGACAUCAAGAAGGAGGCACAGCUGGAUGAAGAAGGACAGUUUCUCGUCAGAAUAAUAUAUGAUGAUUCCAAGACCUAUGAUCUGGUUGCAGCUGCAAGCAAGGUUCUUAAUCUGAAUGCUGGGGAAAUUCUUCAGAUGUUUGGGAAGAUGUUUUUUGUGUUUUGCCAAGAAUCUGGCUAUGAUACAAUUCUGCGUGUUCUGGGCUCAAAUGUUAGAGAAUUUUUGCAGAACCUGGAUGCUCUGCAUGACCAUCUUGCUACUAUUUACCCAGGUAUGCGAGCCCCUUCCUUCAGAUGCACUGAUGCGGAGAAGGGGAAAGGACUCAUUCUGCAUUACUAUUCAGAGAGGGAAGGUCUGCAGGAUAUUGUCAUUGGAAUCAUCAAAACAGUAGCUCAGCAGAUCCACGGUACAGAAAUAGAUAUGAAGGUUAUUCAACAGCGGAAUGAGGAAUGUGACCACAUUCAAUUUUUAAUUGAAGAGAAAGAAUCUAAAGAAGAGGACUACUAUGAGGACCUUGACAGAUUUGAAGAAAAUGGUACCCAAGAGUCUCGCAUCAGUCCAUAUACUUUCUGCAAGGCUUUUCCUUUCCACAUAAUAUUUGACAGAGAUCUGGUGGUCACACAGUGUGGCAAUGCAAUAUACAGAGUCCUUCCACAGCUGCAACCAGGAAACUGCAGUCUUUUGUCAGUGUUCUCCUUGGUCCGGCCUCAUAUUGAUAUUAGUUUCCAUGGGAUCCUCUCACAUAUCAAUACAGUCUUUGUACUGAGGACCAAGGAGGGGCUGUUGGAUGUAGAGAAGCUGGAGUGUGAAGAUGAGUUGACUGGCACAGAAAUCAGUUGCUUACGCCUGAAAGGGCAAAUGAUCUACUUGCCUGAAGCAGACAGCAUUCUCUUUCUUUGUUCACCAAGUGUUAUGAACUUGGAUGAUUUAACCAGAAGAGGGUUAUAUCUGAGUGAUAUUCCAUUGCAUGAUGCUACCCGUGAUCUGGUUCUUUUGGGAGAGCAGUUCAGAGAGGAAUAUAAACUGACUCAAGAGCUUGAGAUCCUCACUGACAGACUGCAGCACACGCUACGUGCACUCGAAGAUGAAAAGAAAAAGACAGACACAUUACUGUACUCCGUUCUACCACCGUCGGUGGCAAAUGAGCUGAGACACAAGCGUCCUGUUCCAGCUAAGCGAUACGACAAUGUCACCAUUCUCUUCAGUGGCAUUGUUGGAUUCAAUGCCUUCUGUAGUAAGCAUGCCUCUGGAGAGGGAGCUAUGAAGAUUGUUAAUCUUUUAAAUGAUCUUUACACGAGAUUUGAUAUUCUAACUGAUUCACGAAGGAAUCCAUUUGUUUACAAGGUGGAAACAGUUGGGGACAAGUAUAUGACUGUGAGUGGUCUACCAGAGCCUUGCAUUCAUCAUGCACGAUCUAUCUGCCACCUAGCAUUGGACAUGAUGGAAAUAGCAGGCCAGGUUCAAGUUGAUGGGGAGCCUGUACAGAUAACGAUAGGAAUCCAUACUGGUGAGGUAGUCACGGGUGUCAUAGGCCAAAGGAUGCCACGUUACUGCCUGUUUGGAAAUACUGUCAAUUUAACAAGCAGGACAGAAACUACUGGAGAAAAGGGAAAGAUCAAUGUCUCUGAGUAUACGUACAGGUGUCUUAUGACACCAGAAAAUUCAGAUCCUCAGUUCCACCUGGAAUACAGGGGUCCAGUUUCUAUGAAGGGUAAAAAAGAACCAAUGCAGGUUUGGUUUUUGUCCCGAAAGAGUACAGAGACAGAGGAAACAAAGCAAGAUACUUUCUGAGCUGAGGGAAGAGGAAAAGGAUCCUGAACAGGGUGCAAUACUGUCUCCAAAUAGGGAGCCAGGCAGUAAGGAUGAAUUAUGAAUGUUACUUUACUUCGUGUCUCCCAUUGUUAUGUCAGUACCAUUGUCUGUUGCUCUUGUCCUGAAAUCAUACUCACCAUUUGCUUCCAGGCAUGCUUGCUACUUUUUCCUUAGUGUUUGGUACUCUCUCUCUGCUAUGAGCAUGUAUUUCAGGCUCUUUUUUUUUUUUUAAUAUGCAUUUUUGCAUGUCAAUCCUGUGGCCCUUCCUAUCACCAGUUACCACUGAAUCAAACUGUAUAAUAUGCAUGCCACAACUAACAACUCAGUCUGAUGCUUCUCAUCUUCAUCUCUGCGGUACAGUGGGUGCAUAAAUCAAUGACUUUUCUGGAAAGACAGGAGGCAUUUCAAUUUUUUGGCAGAACAAAGAACCUAAGGAACUAUUUGUAAAAAGUAGUACAUAGAGCAUCAUUGUGGAAACUACUGCUUAAAACUUGUUUAUCAGAUUUACUUCUGCUACGACCAUGCUUCCUGUUCAUAUUGCAAAUAACACUUGAUGCACUGCUGAUCCCUGUGUAGAAAGAUGGUACCUUUUGACAUCAUCCAGCAUUUUGGCUUUGUAGACACUAUGUAAAACAUCUUCUGUAUUGAAAGGGGGCAGUUGUUUGUCCAACUGAAGCUCGUGCCAAUGUAUGUUUACUGAAAUGCUUUUCAUUUUCAAUAUAUUUUUCAUUGAUUUAUAUUAACUAAAUGAAGUUGUAAUGUUAAUAAUAGAUUGCUGGACUGUUGUAGGCCAUCACUUGUGCUCUAAUUCUGCUCUGAUAGAGCCUUCAAAAUUGACAGGCGUACUGCCAGGACAUGGUUGUCGUAGUUGCCUUUUGUUUUGGUCUCUGGAAUCAGAAAAUGAUUUUAUUUUAUACCUUGGGAGAACCUGAUUGUAUUCUUGGCUUCAUGGCAUAAUUAAGAGAUAUAUAACUUGUAAGCAGACAUAGUAAAAUUAGAUGGGAUUGCAGAUGCUUCACAGUUUUAACAUACAGUGCAUUUUUGUGUGAAUAAUAUCCAUUCUUGUGUCUGGCAUUUUCUGAAUAUUUGCAUUAUAAAUUAGAAUAGUGCAAUUACUUUGUGUAUAAAAGUUGUCUGUACCUAGUAUACCUUAUCAGCACAGAAUAUAUAUGUAUAAAUGUUUCAUGGUAAUGUGAGAAAUUGCAAUAAAUUAUUUUUUCCACUGA